CAGAAAGAUGGGGCCACAUGCUGACAGAAGCUAUCAGUCUGUGAGUUGUUCUGAGCUCUCACGGUAUGCCUGGGACCAUGCCUCGAGGAUGGGGACACGGAAGCAAUAACACAUAUACCAUUAUCCCAAAGGGGCUUGCGGCUUAGUUGAGAAGACAAAAUCCACUUAUAACUGUUGAGGAAGAAUAUGCACUGUGAGAUGGGGAUUUGAGACAUAAGGGGAAAAAGUGGAGCCGUUCAUUCAUUCAGCAGGAUGUAUGUCAGUUGCUGGAGACACAAAACUGAAUAAGCGCUCCAGAAGCUCUAAGGUCAACUAGCCUUGGAAGACAGAGAAGUUUCAUCUCCUGUGGUUAUUGUCUUCCAGCACCUCACACAGGAAGUGGCCUGGGCAGCACAGCCCCUCAGGGAGCCACCAGCCAUGACAUCCUUGUUCCUCACCUGCCUGCUGACUAUCAUCCCAGCGGUUUUCAUGAAGAGUCCCAUAUUCGGUCCCCAAGAGGUGAGUACUGUGGAAGGCAACUCCGUGUCCAUCAAGUGCUACUACCCAGCCACCUCUGUCAACAGACAUGCCCGGAAGUACUGGUGCCGUCAGAACAACAGGGGCAGCUGCAAUACCCUCAUCUCCUCAGGGGGCUUUGUCUCCAAGGACUAUACUGACAGAGCCAACCUCACCAACUUCCCAGAAGACAACUUGUUUGUGGUGGACAUUAAGCAUCUCAUUCAGAAUGACACUGGGAAAUACAAGUGUGGUCUGGGCAUAAAUAACCGAGGCUUGUCCUUUGAUGUGAGCCUGGAGGUCAACAAGGGUCCUGGGCUCUCCAACAACACUCAGGUCUACAGAGAAGAUUGGGGCAGUAACGUGACCAUCAUUUGCCCUUUCAAGGCUGAGAACACCCAGAAGAAGAAGUCCUUGUGCAAGAAGACUGGCCAGGACUGUGUCCUAGUCAUUGACUCCACUGGGUAUGUGAGCCCCAAUUACAAAGACAGGGCUCACUUUAAAUUGCAGGGUACGAGCCAACUAAAGUUCAGCAUCACCAUCAACAGACUCCGGCCUGAGGAUGCUGGGGCUUAUGCAUGCAAGGCCGGGGAAGAAAAGGAAAGGGAUGUGGAUCUCCAAGUGGUGAAGCCAGAGCCUGGGCUGAUUUAUGGAGACCUGAGAGGCUCAGUGAGCUUUGAGUGUGCCCUGGGCCCUGAGAAGGCAAAUGUGCCCAAACUUCUGUGCCGGGUGAGCACGGGGGAAGCCUGUGAUUUGGUCAUCAACACCCAGGGGGAGAGGGCUCCAGGCUUUGAGGGCAGAAUUCUGCUCACCUCCACAGACAAGGAUGGCUCAUUCAGCGUGCUGAUCACGGGCCUAAGGAAGGAGGAUGCAGGGCUCUACCUGUGUAGAGCUGAUGGUCAGCUGGUGGAAGGCAGGCCAACCCAGGCUUGGCAGCUCUUCGUUAAUGAGGAGACCAGCAUUCCCCAUAGUCCCUCUGUGGUGAAAGGUGUGCCUGGGGGCUCUGUGGCCGUGCUCUGCCCCUACAACCCUAGGGAAAGCAACCACCUGAAGUACUGGUGUCGCUGGGAAAAGACUCAAAAAGGCAGAUGCCCGCUGCUGGUGGAGAGUGAGGGGCUGGUUAACCCACAGUAUGAGGGCAGGCUGGCACUGUAUGAAGAGCCAGGCAAUGGCACCUACACCAUCAUACUCAACCAGCUCACCGCUCAGGAUGCCGGCUUCUACUGGUGCCUGACCAAUGGUGAUAGUAGCUGGAGGUCCACUGUGGAGCUCAAGGUUGUUGAAGGAGAACCAAACCUACAGGUACCAAGGAAUGUCACUGCUUGGCUGGGAGAGACGCUUAACGUCCCCUGCCACUUCCCAUGCAAGUUCUAUUCACACGAAAAAUACUGGUGCAAGUGGAGCAACAGAAGCUGCCUGACCCUGCCUAGCCAAGACGAAGGCCCAAGCCAGGCCUUUGUGAAUUGCAACCAGAACAGUCAGGUCAUCUCCCUGACUCUGAACUCAGUCAAGAAGGCUGACGAGGGCUGGUACUGGUGCGGGGUGAAGCAAGGCCACCUUUAUGGGGAGACCGCGGCUGUCUACGUGACGGUAGAGGAGGGAACGAAGGAGUCCCACGAUGCCAGCCAAGCAAGUGCUGUUCCCAACGGGGAAGUGGUGGAGCCAAAUGUGCGGGAGUCUGGGAACAAAGUUGUCCAGGUUCCCAGGCUUGUUGUGGAGGAGGAUUCUGAAGACCCAGCUGGUGCAAGCAGAGUGAACACAAAUCCCAGCAGCGCUGAAGGACAAGGCGGAGGUUCCCCAGUGCUGGUCUCCACCCUGGUGCCCCUGGCCCUGGUGCUGGGGCUGGGGGCCGUGGUUGUGGGGGUGCUCAGAGCCCGGCACAGGAAAAAUGUCGACCGAGUUUCAAUUAGAAGCUACAGGACAGACAUUACCAUGUCAGACUUUGAUAACUCCAGGGAUUUUGGCGCCAAUGACAACAUGGGUGCCUCUCCGAUCUCUCGAGAGACAUCCUUCAGGGGAAAAGAUGACUUCAUGGCCACCACGGAAAGCACCAUGGAGAGCGAAGAACCCAAGAAGGCAAAAAGGUCAUCCAAGGAGGAAGCUGACAUGGCCUACACUGCCUUCCUGCUCCAGUCCAAUAACAUGGCUGCAAGUAUUCAAGAUGGCCCCCGUGAAGCCUAAACAGCGUGCCGGCACCUCCUCCCUUUGCCCACCACAAUCACCUCAGAAUCACAUUGAUCUCAGGGCCUUGGUUCCAGGGUCCCCGCCACCUGCACUCAUGCCUCACCUAGGCUUUUCCUGUCUGUCCUCAGAGGGUGUGCUGGUCCCUCCUCAGCAGCCUAAUUGUUCCUGCUGGGGGGAGUAGUGUGGAGGUUUCACCCACCUGCAGCUUAUUUCUGAGGGAAGAACCUAAGGUAUGGAAGGAGAAUUAAGAUCUCAGAGGGGCCUCUCAGAAAGAAGAGAAUAGCGUGGGUAAGGCGCGAAUAGCAGAAAAGAAAGCCAUUCAGGACCUCUCUGCACCCUUAUUAUGGGAUGCCAACUGGAUUUCCCCUCCAUCCCUUCACCCUUACCCUUCCUUUUUUCCUCUCUUCAUCCUUUCAUUCUCGGCGCUCUGCUAGAUAACAGGACAGACACGCCACCAACCCCACUAGCAGCCCCUCUGUAAACAUCGCUGAGUCCUUAGAAGCCACAGCUCCUCUCAGUGUAUGCUGACCCAUUAAGACCUCAAACUCUCAGCAGGUAGGCCUAUCUCUGCUGACCUUGUUGAGAGAAAUCAUAACUACCUGGAGUCCUAAGGCGUCAGGUUCCUGUAGCAUGGGUGUGCAUACAAACAGUCAUUAACACGCAUCCUUAUAGUUUAACACGGAAGAGAUGCCAAGUGAGAAAAACCAGUGUCGAAACUAGAUUUGGGGUCUCCUGUCCUUUUGACCAAGGCUUUCUUGGAAGAACCCCUGCUUCCCUGGUGGAGGAGGAGCCUUCAUUUUAGAACAAGGAGGAGAAAGAGAAAAAUGUAAAAGGAAUCUGAUUUCUCGCAGGCCCCACCUCAGGGAAGGUGACACUUUCCCUUUCUGUCACUCACUCGGUCCCAGGAAGAUGAAAGGACAAACCCUUAUAACCCCUUAUCUUUGAAAAGUUCUGAGCAGAAGGGAAGAUAAGAGGGUGUCUGAUGGAGCCAGGGAGGGGCUGGUGUCCACAGAGCUAACGUUCAAGGUCUUUUUUCUUCUGGGCGCUGUACUUCAAUCAGCAUCCAUAAGCUGGCACUUGCUAACAAAUAAAGACGCCACUUAAUUAAUAAUUAAACUCAUGAUUGCAAUCACGAAGUCUCAGACUGUAUUCUACCCCACCCCCACCCUGCCUGCUGUUUCUCAGGCAGCUGUUCCAGAGCAUUUUGCUUUGGUCCCACUUUUAGGCACCCUAGGACAUGUGUCUAAACCAAAGCCUCCCCCACACCCAAUGCCGGGCUGAAGAGGGCUGUGACAGCACCUAAAGGUGGGACCAAGGUUAUCUUCAGUAAAAGAAUACUUUUGUGUCUGCUCCUGUGACCAAGAUUCCAAA